CUCGCGGCCAACCAUAUAUUAUAAUAUUAAUCUGUCUUUCCCGGUUCAAGGUGUUUGUUUGCUGCCGUUCUUACCGGCAGUGUUUUGCAUUUUGUCCGUCAGUCAACUGUUGUCGAGCGAUCACUCGUAGCCGCCCGGUGCUAGUCACUCAUCGCAGUUCCUUAAUAACACAUAAUUCAUAUUCUGCUGAACUUCAGCUGCCCACUAGCCACGAGUGUAUACUGCCUGAGUUUUUGAAAUUCAUAUCAACCCCUUCAAACAAUAGAACAUUACGUGGUGGAGGUUUGUUUAGCAGAAUGUCAAGAAGAAGAAGUCAUAAGAAAAACCGUAGAUCGUCCAAUGCUAGACAUAACAAUUCGUCUUCUAACUCUGGCGGAAGAAUGUCUGUUCCCACUCCUCGUGUGAACAAUGUACCCCAAGAACUGCCAGCCCAAGAACUACCAGCCCAAGAACUGCCAGCCCAGGAACAGCCAGCCCAAGAACUGCCAGCCCAAGAACUGCCAGCUCAAGAAGUGCCAGCUCAAGAAGUGCCAGCUCAAGAACUGCCAGCUCCAGAAGUGCCAGCUCAAGUACUGCCACCCAUAGAAUAUAAUUCAGUGCAGCCAGGCCUUGUCUAUGGUGACACAUAUGAUAUAUAUUUGCCUAUAAAUCGUGCUGGACCAAGUAUGACCAUGGAAGAAUUGAAGGCUCAUCCCUUAAUGGAGUCUCUUCAGAAAGCCAUGAGGGAAAAACAAUUUUUACAUUUGGAUUUUUCUGAAAAAUAAAUACUAUCAUUUUCAUAAAAUA